ACCCGGGCGGAGGUGGCAGCGGCUGCGGCAGCGACCGCUGCCCCGUGUCACCCGCUGCCGGGACAGCCCGGCUGCGUUACGGAGCGCCGGCCGCAAUCUCAGACAGCGAGCGAGGGAAGGCGCCCGCCCCGCACUUCGCCGCUUUCCGCGGGGAAUCGCCCGGGACACCCGCCGGCAGACCCACACCGGCCGCCGCCGCCGCGCCAUGGCGCUCGCAAGGCAAGUGCUUUGUCUCUCUGCUUUCCUGUCGCUGCCGCUCGCUCGCGCCGAGCCCAUCCGCUACUCCGUAGCCGAGGAGGCGGAAAGCGGCUCCCUGGUGGGCAAGCUGGCGGAGGAUGCGGGGCUGACGCCGGCGCAGCUCUCGGCUCGCCGCGCCCGCCUGGUCUCGGAGGACGGCCGGCAGCAUUUUCGCUUCGAGCGCGCCUCCGGCCGCCUCGUCGUGGCGGGGAGGCUGGACCGGGAGGAGCUGUGCGGCCAGUCCGCCACCUGCAUGCUCCCCUUCGAGCUGCUGCUCUCCAGCCCCCUGCAGUUCUUUCGCGUCGAGGUGGCUCUGGAGGACAUCAAUGACCAUUCACCUAUUUUCCGAGAAGACCGAGUCACUUUUGACAUCCCAGAGACAAGCGACACGGGUUCACGUUUCCCUUUGGAGGUUGCUCACGACCUCGAUAUUGGCAGCAACACAGUUCAGGAGUACAAAAUUGCUCCCAAGAACGAGUAUUUCAGUGUCUCCUAUGGGAGUCGUACUGAGGAUGACAAAUAUCUAGAACUUGUUUUGGAAAAGCCACUAGACAGAGAGGAUCAGGCAGAGAUGGGUUUCAGUGUUAUUGCUGUGGAUGGGGGCUCUCCUCCUAGAAGUGGGACCAUCGAGAUCUCUGUUAUCAUUCUAGAUGCGAAUGACAAUGCUCCCAAAUUUACGCAAGAGCGUUAUAUUGCAAAGCUUCUGGAGAACAUGCCAGAAGGUACUGUGGUUCUGACUGUGCUGGCAACUGAUCUGGAUGCAGGAAUUAAUGGGGAAAUUUCCUAUCAACUCAAUGAAGCAGUACAUCAGAGCAACUCAGCGUUUGUGAUUGAUCCCAUAAGUGGUGAAAUUAAACUCACAAAAUCUCUGGACUUUGAGGCAGCUGACACUCACGAGCUGACUGUUAGGGCCAGAGAUGGUGGAGGGCUCUCAGCAAUCUGUAAGGUGUUGGUGGAGGUGGUGGAUGUGAAUGACAAUGCCCCAGAGCUGGUGGUCAGUUCCUUCAGCAGUCCCCUCCCCGAGAACACAGUGCCCGGCACGGUGGUUGCCCUGUUUAUGGUCAGGGACCGGGAUUCUGGUGCCAACGGGAAGAUCUCCUGUGCCCUGGAGGAUCAGCUCUCCUUCUCCCUGCGGCCAGCCUAUAAGAAUUACUAUGAGCUGGUGACAGUGAGCGCGCUGGACCGCGAGGAGACGCCUCAGUACAUCCUCAGUGUCACGGCAGCAGAUGCGGGCUCGCCUCCUCUCACCAGCACGCAGACCUUCACCGUGGACAUCUCGGAUGUCAAUGACAACGCGCCCGUCUUCAACCAGACCUCCUACAGCAUGUACGUGCGUGAGAACAGCGUGCCCACGGUGUUUGUGGGAGCCGUGAGCGCUGCAGAUGCUGACGUGGGGCUCAAUGCCAAGGUGACCUAUUCCCUGGCCCCAGAGCAAGGGGCAGGGCGGGCCUGGUGCUCCUGCAUCUCUGUGGACUCGGAGAAGGGACACGUGUUUGUGCUGCGGCCCCUGGACUACGAGCACUUGAGGCAGACCGAGGUGACGGUCAGUGCCUCUGACGCGGGCUCUCCUCCCCUGAGAGCCAACGUCACUGUGCGCCUGGUCGUGCUGGACGAGAAUGACAACGCCCCGCUCGUGCUCUACCCAGCCCAGGACGGCAGCCCGGCCUCCAGUGAGCUGGUGCCCGUGUCGGCCGAGGCGGGCUACCUCAUCAGCAAAGUGGUGGCCGUCGAUGCCGACUCGGGACAGAACUCCUGGCUCUCGUACCAGCUGCUGAGGGCCACCGACCCAGGGCUGUUUUCCGUGGGCCUCCAAAGCGGGGAGGUGCGUCUGAGGAGGCCGGUGACAGAGAGAGACAGCGUGAAGCAGAAGCUCGUUGUCCUGGUCAGAGACAACGGCAAGCCCCCGCUGUCAGCCACGGCAGCUCUGAGCGCUCUGCUGCUCAAGGACUUCUCAGACGUGCGCCUGCCGCACAGCAGCCCGGCCACCGAGGAUCAGGGCGGCUCCCUGACCACCUACUUGAUCAUUUCCUUGGUCUUUGUCUCACUCCUCUUCCUCAUCUCCACCGCAGUCUUGGUCGCUCGCAAGGCGUGCAGGAGGAAGGAGCUGAAGGCUGGCCCUGUGCUUUAUGCUGCCGACACCUUGCAGAGCGGCCUGGCCGAUGCAGCCGCUGCAGGGACCCUGCCCCGCGCCUAUUGCUACGAGAUCAGCCUGACCACGGGCUCGGGCAACAGCGAGUUCAAAUUCCUCAAGCCCAGCCUGCCCAGCCUGCCCCCUCAGCACUGCGCCGUGGGCCAGGGCCCAGAUGAGGAACAGGAUUUCCCCAGUGUCCCUGUCAGCACCGAGGACAUGGCCCCAGGCAAUGCUGGGGCUCUCUCUGCAGGACAGUUCAACGCUCUUUCCUUUAACUAG